CAAAAUAUCAGUUGCAGAAGAGAAAACUUCAUGCUGGUUUGGAACAACAUGAGGGUAAGCAAAUAAUAUAAUUUUUAAGUCAGAGAUAAGAGUUACUGUAAAUUGUCUCACCAGCUUGCUGAACUUAUUUCAUCAUAAGCUUAAACAUUUUGAUCAUUAAUCAUAAGCAACGAGUAUUUGUAAACAUAUUUGCUCUGUGUACAUACAUAUCUGCUGUAUGUACAUGCCAACAUGGGUUCAAACUGAGCAUAUGUUUUCAAGUUGUUGGUUGACUCUGAUAGGUGUUUGUGUCAGAGGAAGCAUGCUUCGUCAGUAGAAUCUCUGUCUCUGAUCCCUCUUUCUCUUUCUCGCUCUCUCUCUUUCUCUCUCACCAGCUCUCUUUUUGACCCUCCCACUCUCUUAGGACAGACUGCAUGCUCUCUCUUUCCCCUUCCCCAGUCAACCUUCUUUCUGUCUCCAUUCUCCUCUUUCUCUCUCUCAUUCUCUUCCCCCUCUCUCUCUUGCUUUUUCUAAAAGUUAUCUGGUGAGGAAUGAAGACGUUUGGAUGAUUUUGUCUCAGCCAUCAGCGUCCUCUGGGGAAGACAUCAGUCGUGGCGUAUAGCGUCUUCUCUUAUCACCGAGUCCAAUGGAUGCAUUAUUUGGCCUGCGUUUCAGACGGAAAGCCUGUGAGCCAAGCCGACCCAGGCGCUCCAGCGUGUCACUUCCAGCGAGUAAAGCACGCCGGCGCUCCAGCGUAGGCCUGCCGUCAGCUGUCCUGGCACAGAGACGCAGAUCUAGCACUCAGCUCCAAACCAGCAACAUGCCGACAGGAGUCAUACAACACAAAAGAGGACACUUCACCAGAAGGAGGUCGAGCGGUGCAACAGCCUGCCUGACCCCACGGUUCGCUAUCCGACGGAGACAGGCUGCCAAACACCAUAGCAUUCAUGCCCAGCUCCUGGGCCCGUCACUGCUCUUGGCUAGCGUGGUGCAAAUGAGUGAAGACCACGAAACUGACAAUAAAAGUGCAGAAGAGUACUCCUCUCUCUCUGAUAGUGACUGUAGCCAGGAGGAGCACAAGCAAGCAUUGAUGGACUUAGAGUCAGAGUCUGAUGAGUGUAUGACGUGGUUGGCUCAGGGAUUGAUGCCGGGUGAAAGUAUUCAGCCUCGCCCCCUCAUCCGUGCCCCACGUUGCCUGCGGCGAAACUCCUCACACCUACUUCCUGCUGAGGCCGUUUACCGGAGCCCAGCCUCUUAUGGGCUGUACGGCCGUUACCGUAGGACCAGUCAGGCACAGGGUCUGUCUAAUUUAGGUGGAUUGUGGGCAGGGAAACGAAAUUCUCUUGCACCUCGAGGAUCAGUUGCACUGUACAGGACGAGCUCCCCUUGCUGGACAGAUCUCGGUCUUUCACACACACUGCAGGAAACUUACUACAAUCCACAGAUUGACACAUGGAGUGCGUUCCUCUCGAAGGCCAUUUCCAAGUCCGGUCUGCAGCACCUCUCAUGCCAGCCCAGUGCUGCACUGCUGGCCAAGGGGGAAACGGACCGAGAAAUCCGCAGCACAGUGGACUGGAGUGAAUCAGCUCUGUACGGAGAGCACAUCUGGUUCGAGACCAAUGUCUCUGGGGACUUCUGUUACGUCGGAGAACAACACUGUUACGCCAAAUCCCUGCAAAAGUCUGUUGCUCGGAAAAAGUGUGCUGCUUGCAAGAUCGUAGUUCACUCCAUCUGCAUUGAACAGCUGGAAAAGUUAUUGGACUGGAAAGCUCCGCCUAAAGGGGAGGAGCUUGAUGAGGUGCCCCUCAAAGACCCAUCGUUCAGAAUAAACUUCAGAUGUAAACCAUCUUUCAGGGAGUCCGGUUCACGGAACAUCCGGGAACAUACCUGGCGACGCAGAGCUUUCAGAGGUCGCCGUGCUUUGGAGCAAAUGAGAGGUGCUGCAGCUAAAUGUAGUGCGCACACCUCUAUCACACAGCCAGCAAUAGUGCGACACCACUGGGUCCAUCGGAGAAGACAAGAGGGCAAAUGCAAACAGUGUGGAAAGGGGUUUCAGCAGAAAUUUGCUUUUCACAGUAAAGAGAUUGUAGCCAUUAGCUGCUCCUGGUGCAAACAAGCAUAUCAUAAUAAAGUGACAUGCUUUAUGCUGCAACAGAUAGAAGAACCGUGUUCAUUAGGAGCACAUGCAGCUGUUAUAGUACCUCCUACCUGGAUCAUACGGGUUCGCCGACCUCAGUCCUCACUAAAGUCAAGCAAAAAGAAGAAACGAACGUCUUUCAAACGCAAAUCCAGCAAGAAAGGAGCAGAGGAGGCUCGAUGGAAGCCCUUCAUUGUGAGACCUAUUCCCUCUCAACUCAUGAAGCCACUGCUGGUGUUUGUAAACCCAAAGAGUGGAGGAAACCAGGGAGCUAAAAUCAUCCAGUCCUUUCUGUGGUAUCUGAACCCUCGGCAGGUGUUUGAUCUCAGUCAGGGGGGUCCUCAGGAAGGCUUGGAGAUGUAUCGAAAAGUCCACAACUUGAGAAUUUUGGCCUGUGGUGGGGAUGGCACGGUGGGCUGGAUUUUGUCUGCUCUUGAUCAGCUGCAGCUAAACCCUUCUCCUGCUGUGGCAGUACUUCCUUUGGGCACGGGAAAUGACCUCGCUAGGACGCUAAACUGGGGUGGGGGUUACACAGAUGAACCUCUGAGUAAAAUCCUGUCUCACGUUGAGGAUGGGAAUAUUGUACAGCUGGACCGAUGGAAUCUUAUUGUGAAGCCCAACCCAGAGGCGGGGCCAGAGGAAAGAGACGAGCAGGUGACAGACAAGCUCCCUUUGGACGUCUUCAAUAAUUACUUCAGCCUUGGGUUUGAUGCUCAUGUGACUUUAGAGUUUCAUGAAUCCCGAGAGGCCAACCCUGAGAAAUUUAACAGCCGAUUCAGAAACAAAAUGUUCUAUGCAGGGACAGCGUUUUCUGAUUUCUUGAUGGGCAGCUCCAAAGACCUGGCUAAACACAUUAGAGUGGUGUGUGACGGCACAGAUUUGACCUCUAAAGUGCAGGAUUUAAAGCUGCAAUGCCUGGUCUUCCUCAAUAUCCCCAGGUACUGUGCGGGCACUAUGCCAUGGGGCAAUCCAAGUGAGCAUCAUGACUUUGAGCCUCAGCGUCAUGAUGAUGGCUGCAUUGAGGUCAUUGGAUUCACGAUGACGUCACUGGCUACGCUGCAGGUCGGAGGUCACGGUGAGAGGUUAAAUCAGUGUCGCGAAGUCACCCUCACCACCUUUAAGUCAAUCCCCAUGCAGGUGGAUGGUGAGCCUUGCAAACUAGCUCCAUCUGUUAUCCACAUCUCCCUGAGAAACCAGGCCAACAUGGUGCAGAAAACCAAGAGACGCACAUCAAUACCACUGCUCAAUGAUCAGCAGCCAUUUCCAGAACGAUUACGGAUCAGAGUGAGCCGUAUCAGCAUGCAUGAUUACGAAGCUCUGCACUACGAUAAGGAGAAACUCAAAGAAGCUUCAAUUCCACUGGGUCUCAUCGUUGUCCCGGGAGACAGUGAUUUGGAAACCUGCCGAGCUCACAUCGAGAGACUACAGGAGGACUUUGUGUCGUGUCACCCAUCUUUGCAGCGGCUGGUGCUCCAGGAAGGUGACGGGACCAAACCAAAGGCUUUGUCCUCUCAGAGGCUGUCGCCAAAAUGGUGCUUUCUGGACUCUACAACGGCUGAUCGAUUCUACAGGAUUGAUCGAGCUCAAGAGCAUCUUAACUACGUGACUGAAAUUUCUCAGGAUGAGCUGUUCGUUUUGGACCCAGAGCUGGUUGUCACAGAGACGGUCAGCACAUCGCCAGGCAUGCCAGACCUGGUGGACUCCUCUAGUGAUGCCCCUUCUGAUCCACGUAAAUUUGCCUUCCCAUCAUCCUCUUCUUCUCCACCAAACUCACCCGGACCCAGGGUUGCAGAGCUUCAAAGAAAGCGUGUUUCCAGUGACAGUUCUGUGGCAGAAGCUCUUGCACACAGUGAUUCGCUCAGAUCAGCCAAACCAGCUCUCAGCAGGGUGGGGGGUGUUCAUCGCUCAAAUACAACAGCAGCAGAUUUCAAACCUACCAGCAGGUUUGACAAGAGCAACGUGAACAAUGCAAACACUGUGUCAGCAGACAGUCUAAUUGAAUGUGUGAAGAAGAAGGACCAUCAGAAGUUGAAGGAGCUGCAUAAGAAGGGGGCUGACCUGUGUGUGCAGGACCCUGUGGGCCGCACCCUGCUGCACUAUGCUGUGGAAGUGGGAAGCAAGGAGAUCGUCAGAUACAUCAUUGAUAAUGCACCCACAGAUAUCCUGGAUGUAACAGAGAGAGAAAAUGGAGAGACGGUAUUGCACAAAGCGGCCUCGUUGUGUCAGAGGACAAUCUGUCAUUACCUAGUGGAGGCGGGAGCAUCUCUCAUGAAGACAGACUUACAGGGCGACACUCCAAAGCAUCGUGCCGAGAAGGCAAAAGAUGCAGAACUUGCGGCGUAUCUCGAGAACCGCCAGCACUACCAAAUGAUCCAGCGUGAGGACCAGGAGACUGCAGUUUGACCUUUAACCUCUCACCCUUCACCUCAACUGGUGCCCUCCUUUUUGUGCCAAAACAACAUUAACCAAAAAUGUAUCGCUAAACCUGACUUGGGCUCUCUGGACUGCAGGGGAGUGAUACAUUCCCAGAGAGGGAAGAUGGUUGCACACUUUACUGUCUCUGAAGAGGUCCCAAGCUAUCAUAAUCUUUCUCUGAAUGACCUGUUGGACUAAAUGUCUUUAAUUUCAUUGCACUGCCAAAACAUCUUAGAGUUUGUAUUUAUGAGACAGAAUGCAUAUGUUAAUGCACUCAUCAAGCUUGCUUUUCUAGUUUGACAAUGCCGAAUGUUAAACUAAUAUGAUGAGGAUUUAAAGCUGCAUGGGCUGGUGUCUGUCUCCAGAUUCAUCCCUGUCUGUAAAUGUAUCUGGAGCAUUCACCAUAGCCCUGACUCCACAGCUAGGUUCAGUAUUGCUCUGUCAUGGCUGAGCAUUAAUCUGGUUAGAGUGGUACAGAGCAUGAACCGGAACCGGAACCAACAUUUCAGUUAGCUGACUUAUUUCCUAAAGACAGUAGAGCCAUUAAAUGACAUGUUGUUAAUGUAUAAUGUAACAUUUUUUAGAUUGCCCUGCACUGAAAGAGUUCAGGUUGGUUCAAAGAUCGGAAUGUUUUCUGGGGUCUUGAUCUGAAGUGUCAGAACUAUUUAGAUAAUUUUCAGGUGUGUUAUUGGAAGUAUUUUGCAUUUUCAUAGAUUUCUGUGCUGUUUCUAGUAGCUUCUGUUUAAGAGGCAUUUGCACUGUAGCUUUGAUUGCCUUCUUUAUUCUAUACUCUGGAUUUAUAAUUGUUGUACUAUAAUACAGCUUAUUUCCUACAAUAUUUUUAAGUAAAUAGAUGUUUAUAUAAUUUGUAGCUCUAAAAGAUGUGUUGUCAUGUUUGUAUUAUAAAACUCUGUAAAUUAGAUUUUGGUUUAUUGGAGUUGAGAAUAGAUCUCUCUGUGAUUCAGCUCAUUUUUCUUAAAUCUUUAUGAUCAAACAACGCACUCUAUAAGAGUUUAUUGUUUUGUUUUGUAUUUUCUUUAGUGCUGAUGACUUAAUGCAGAUUCAAGAUUUUAGGAUGCUUAUAUUUAUUUUCCUAAAUCAUUAUAUAUUGAAAUUCAUUUGGCGUUGAAAGCAUACAUAUUUAAUAAUAUUAGUAAUUUAUGACUUCUUUCAAUUACUUACGUUAUAGAAUGAAACUCUUCUCUGUCCAGAGUUACUACUUCAUUAAUGAUAUGACCCACUGAUUUCAAAGUUCUUUACAAUGUAGUUAUACGGUAUGUAUGCAUAUUCAUAUUGUAAAUAAGUAACACUGUGUUUGGGUGAACACACUAGCAUUUUUAGUGCUCUUCAUUUGCUGUUGGAAAUGCAUUUUCAGCAUUCUCAGUUAUGUUCUUUCUUUGGAAAGUUUGAGUGUUUCAAAAACCAUCUAUCCAUCCAUCUCACCCUUUUACCCAGACAGCUGUUUGACAGGAGCCUUGAUGAACGAGAUUAUAUGAAUGACAUCAUAUGCCAUAAACACUGAACUCACUGAACUCUUUCAAUAAACAUGUAAUAUGUCUUAA